UCUCACUCUCUCUCUCUCUCUCUCUCUCUCUCUCUACGUACAGUUGAAGCCGCCAUUUGCCGGCAGCAUCUUAACUCGACUCUUCUUCCGUCACCCUGUCAUCUUCUACAAACACGAGUGUUGCUUACCCAUGCACGAGCACAAGAUCGGCUGAGAGACCCUUCUCUCUCUCUCUCUCUCUCUCUCUCUCUCUCUCUCUGGGUGGUUGAGAAUGGCGGGAAACGAGUGGGUCAACAGCUACCUGGAGGCGAUCCUCGACGUCAGGCCGGGGCCGGACGACCCCAAGUCGUCGUCCCUGCUGCUGAGAGAGAAGGGGCGCUUCAGCCCCACUCGCUACUUCGUGGAGCAGGUCAUCACUGGCUUCGACGAGACCGAUCUCCACCGCUCUUGGCUCCGAGCCGCGGCGACUCGGAGCCCGCAGGAGAGGAACACGAGAUUGGAGAACAUGUGCUGGAGGAUCUGGAAUCUCGCUCGCAAGAAAAAGCAGCUUGAGGGUGAGGAAGCUCAUCGCAUCGCUAAACGACGUCUUGAACAUGAAAGAGGUCGUAGAGAGGCAACUGCUGACAUGUCUGAAGAUUUAUCAUCAGAAGGAGAAAAGGGGGAUUCGACCAAUGAGAUCUCGUCUCAUGGUGGAGAGAGGAUGGCUAGAAUCGGCUCUAUUGAUAUCAUGGACAAAUGGGCUAGUAGACAGAAGGACUACAAGCUUUACCUCACCCUAAUAAGCCUUCAUGGCUUGGUACGUGGAGAAAACCUGGAGCUUGGCCGUGAUUCUGAUACCGGUGGGCAAGUUAAAUAUGUGGUGGAGCUUGCGAGGGCACUGGGCUCAAUGCCAGGAGUUUAUCGGGUCGAUCUGCUGACAAGACAAAUAUCAGCUCCAGAUGUCCACUGGAGUUAUGGAGAACCGACGGAGAUGCUGAGUCCAAGAAACUCUGAAUUUUCACCCCAGGAAACUGGUGAAAGCAGUGGUGCAUAUAUCAUCCGAAUACCUUUUGGCCCUAGAGACAAAUAUGUACCAAAAGAACUGCUCUGGCCAUACAUUCCUGAAUUUGUUGAUGGUGCACUAAGUCAUAUUACACAGAUGUCCAAAGUUCUAGGUGAACAAAUUGGUGGUGGCCGACCAGUUUGGCCUGCAGCUAUUCACGGGCAUUAUGCAGAUGCAGGGGAUGCUGCUGCUCUUCUUUCUGGAGCUCUAAAUGUACCCAUGCUUUUUACCGGUCACUCGCUUGGUCGAGACAAGCUUGAACAACUUUUGAAGCAAGGAAGACUGUGGGAGGAAAUAAAUGCGGCAUACAAAAUAAUGCGCCGGAUUGAAGCGGAGGAGCUUUGUCUUGACACUUCAGAAAUCAUCGUUACUAGCACGAGGCAGGAGAUAGAAGAGCAAUGGCGCUUGUAUGAUGGCUUUGAUCGAGUAUUAGAGCGAAAACUGAGAGCAAGGAUUAAGAGGGGUGUCAGCUGUCAUGGAAGAUACAUGCCACGCUUCAUGGUAAUUCCUCCUGGAAUGGAAUUUUGCAAUAUUGUUCACCAUGAUGGUGAUGUGAAUGGGGAAGUGGAAAGGAAUGAAGGGAAACAUUCUUCGACCGACCCGCCAAUUUGGUCUGAGAUAAUGAGAUUCUUUUCAAAUCCUCGCAAACCCAUGAUUCUUGCUCUUGCCAGGCCAGACCCCAAAAAGAACAUCACCACUUUAGUCAAAGCAUAUGGAGAAUGUCACCAACUAAGAGAGCUCGCUAAUCUUACACUAAUUAUGGGGAAUCGUGAUGACCUUGAUGCAAUGUCUACCACAAAUGCAGCUGUUGUUCUCUCCAUUCUCAAGCUAAUCGACAAAUAUAAUCUAUAUGGCCAAGUAGCGUAUCCAAAGCACCAUAAGCAAUCUGAUGUUCCUGACAUUUACCGAUUAGCUGCAAAAACAAAGGGGGUGUUCAUCAACCCGGCUUUCAUCGAGCCAUUUGGCCUCACUUUGAUUGAGGCAGCUGCUCAUGGUUUACCUGUUGUUGCCACAAAAAAUGGUGGUCCUGUUGAUAUUCUUCGGGUUCUGGACAACGGAACACUUGUUGAUCCUCAUGAUCAGCAUGCCAUAGCCAAUGCUCUUCUUAAACUAGUUUCAGAUCAGCAGCAGUGGUCGAGAUGUAGGGAGAACGGACUUAAGAACAUUUAUCUUUUCUCGUGGCCUGAGCAUUGUAAGACAUACUUGUCUCGAGUAAUUAGUUGCAAACCGAGGGGCCCAAAGUGGCAGAAGCAUGACAACAACUCAGAUUCAGAAUCGGAUUCCCCAGGAGAUUCCUUGAGGGAUAUACAGGACAUAUCUCUGAAUUUGAAGUUUUCAUUGGAUGGAGAGAAAAGCGAAGGGAAUGCCACCAUCCUUGAGGAAAAUUCCGAUGAUGCAAAGAGUAACAUGGAGAACACUGUUUUGACAUUAGCAAGGGGUGUACGGAGAGGAACUGGAAAGGGCAUGUCGACUGAGAAAGCUAACGAGGAUAUUGGCAGCUGUGAUUUUUCAAGAUUUAGGAAGAGAAAAUGGAUAUUUGUCAUUGCAGUGGAUUGUAAUGCCACUGCAACUUAUAUUGACAUCAUCAAGAAGAUUAUGGAGGCAACAAGGAAGGAAAAAGCGGCUGGUUUUAUACUAUCAACGGCCUUGACCAUAUUAGAGGUGCACUCACUAUUAACAUCAGAAGGCUUGAACUUGACAGAUUUUGAUGCGUUUGUUUGCAGUAGUGGUAGUGAGUUGUUCUAUCCAUCAUCAAACUCUGACGAUGGCCCUUCGGGGCUUCCCUUUGCCGUUGACCUCGAUUAUCGUUCACAUAUCGAAUAUCGUUGGGGUGGGGAAGGUCUGAGGAAGACGUUGGUUCGCUGGGCUGCCUCCAUUAAUGACAAAAGGGAUGGAGAAAGCAUUGUUGCAGAAGAUGAUUCAGGAUCAAGUUCGUAUUGCUUUUCAUUUAAAGUGGAAGAUUUUGAUCUGAUUCCCCCAGUUAAGGAACUCAGAAAACUGAUGAGAAUUCAGGCUCUUCGUUGCCAUGUCGUGUGUUCUCAGAAUGGCAGGAAAAUCAACGUGAUCCCUGUUUUGGCAUCUCGAGUUCAAGCUCUAAGGUAUCUGUUUGUCCGGUGGGGCGUGGACUUGUCGAAGUUUGUCGUGUUCGUUGGAGAAUGUGGCGACACGGACUAUGAGGGGCUGAUCGGCGGAGCCCAUAAAACCGUGAUACUAAAAGGGUUGGACGGCGAGUCCCGUAAGCUGCAUGCUAGCAGGAGUUACCCUCUCGAGCACGUCGUUCCGUUCGACAGUCCCAAUGUCGUUCAAGCCGAAGGAUCCGAUGUCGGCAGCAUCAAGGAAACACUGGCAAAACUAGGAGUGGUGAGGUCGUAGUUUCUUUCAGCUUUGUGCAUUCCUCGUAUCUGUAAGCAAUUGGUUUGCGCAAUACAAAGCAGCCAGGUUUGAGCAGGAACAUGUAUUCUCAGCUAUUCGAACUCUUUUAACACCGUGGCCCUUGGAAGUAUUCAAGUAGCCUUUUGAGAAAGGGAUAUGCGA